AUGGGCACAUCGCAUCAGGCCUCCAUCUUUCCAAUGCCUAGUAGAAACUGCAGCAUCCUGCCUAAUAUAGGCCCCUUCACAGCAAGACAAGUUUACGAUAAUCUCCCUCUAGCUCAAGGUUCUCAGUACAUACGAGUGCUUGAUGUUCACAAGAGUGAUCCAGCCGAUAGUGAUCGGCUCACAGGCACAUUACGCACAGUUGAUCUACGGGCUCUACCCAAGUUCACUGCGCUUUCGUAUGUCUGGGGCCAAGGUUCUUACCAUAAGAUUGCCUGCAACGGUUGCGAUAUCAACAUCACACAAUCCUGUUAUGAGGCAUUGACGUCACUUCGAGAAUCGUGCCAGUCACUGACAGUCUGGGUUGAUGCAAUCUGCAUCAACCAGGAGGAUACCGGCGAGAAGGAACAGCAAAUUAUGUUGAUGGGCAGGAUCUACACAUUGGCAGAAAUUGUUUAUGUUUGGCUGGGUGUCGGGAAUACGAAAACUGAUCAGGCUGCUGAGUAUAUCGGCGCCAUCUCCCAAUUUCGUCUAUUCCCUGCUAAAGUAUGGCCAAGCUCUCGGAGUCAUACUCGACGCAAUCUUUCCAGGCGCCUUAUUGAAAUCGGACGAUAUAUAUUGCCCCUUGCGUUCCGAAAUUUGUGUAUUGAGCCCCUUAUUACUGAGCGAUAUCAGAAAUAUACAUUGCUUUGGAUCAUUCAUGCCAUGCCAUACGCAAGAUUAAUCUACGCGGAACGAAUUGAUCAAUUGUCUAGCCUUCCGUUUGUCAGCCAGGAUGUGAUUCAUGCGCUUCUGGACCAAGCCUGGCUUUCUCGAGCCUGGACAUCUCAGGAAAUGACGCUCGCCUCAAAUCCCGUUCUUAUUUGUGGAAAACAGCACAUUCCCUGGCUGGUCAUGCAUCAAGCCCUGACAUUCAUCGAGCAUUCGGCAACGCAGGCAUUGAUUGAUCCAGUCAACAGUGUCAUCAGCGAGAUUCAGCGACGAGUACAUGAUGACGUAUCCCACUCAGACUCCUUCAAAAAGUGGCAAGCUCUUUUCGAUGUCUGGCAGACUAUUCCACGUCAUUCCAGGCGGAGUAGCUAUAGGCACAGUAGUGUGCAGGAUAGCAGCUGUUCAGUCCAUGAUUGUGUUCAGGCCUUAGUGACAGACAAAGUUUUCCGGUCCAAACCCUUCGUUCGGCUGACCCUGGGUAUUUAUCAUGGAGCAGUGGUUUUCCGCCUCAUCUUCAUCACGAGUUUCAUCGGUGGCCUUCAGCUUCUUUUCUUGGCCUUGUUGCCAAUCCCUUUUUCAUAUUUCACCGAUAACUUAACAAAGUGUUCUUUCGACUGCAUACAGGGUUCUAAGACUCGAAUGUACAGUCUGAUCUGCCGUAUUAGUAUCCAACCGCAAAAUUACCUUGUUGCUCUUGCACAGGCUAUCAGAGAUCGUAAUUCGAGAUGGCCGCACGACCGAGUAUAUGCGAUCGACAACGUGCUGCGACAGCUAGGCGCAAAGCCCCUACCCCUGAUUAUCAGAAACCACUUGGCCAGGUUUAUCGCGAUGCCCUCGUCGGUUUGA